GUUGGACUCCGGCUGCAGGAGCUGCUCUGUGCUGCUCUCCCCUUCUUUCCAGUGCCCCGGAGUUCUGCCCGAGGCAUGGGGACCAGGGGAUGGAUGCUUCCGACCUUCAUGGGAUUCUGCCUAUGGAUUCUGAAUGGGCUGGGGACCACCGCCGCUGUCCCUGUCACCACAGAGGGACCAUUUGCUGCCACUCCAUCGCAGAACGAGGCGCCCACUGCCCUGCUGCAGGGCACUGUGGGGACAAGCACUAUCAGUGACACCGUGAUGGCUGAGAGCAUCCCUGUGAGUCCCACCAAGGGUCCAUCCUGGGCUGAGCCAGAUUCGGUGACAGACACCACUGCGUACAGCUCCCCUCUGGGUGCAGAGAGAGAUGCAGGCCUGAGCACUGGGGCAAUGACAGAGGCACCCACUGGAGACCCUCUGGCUGGGACAGACAUGGCCACACCUCUUGAUGCAACACAGAAAUACCAGAGUGGUUUGGAAGCUGCUGUAGGUGCUGCCAUCAUUGUCACCCCACAGCCCAAUUUUACCCCCAGCACCAAGCAGAACGUAACAGAGGUCACCAUGGCUGCACCCCUGGGGAGCAGCCCUGACUUUGCAGACAUCCCAGCAUCCACAGCAAGGGCAGGAGCAGCCUUGGAGUCCACAGCUGAUGCCAUGUUCCUCCCCAGUGCCACCAUUCCAUCAGCUGCAGAGGCGCAGGCAAUGACCAGCAACCCCCAUGUCACUGCUCUGCCCCCAGCUGCAGGAGCAGAGGUGGAAGGUGCCACCCUGCCAGGGGACAGCCAAGGGGAUGGACUUGCCCACAGCCCUGGUGCUGGGGGGCUUCUCCCAACACCAUGGGGUGAGGUUGUGGGUGGAACAGUGGGUGACACCCCAGGAUGGGGAGCUUUGGAAUCCAGAGAUGAGGGAGAUGCAGCAAAUGGCGUCUUCAGCACAGCUGAUUCACCCCAGCUGCCUCCAGAGAAUGUGACAGCAUUGGAAACAGCAGAAAGCCCAAGUCAAAGCUCCCUUCUUGCAGGAGAGGCAGGGCCGAGCCCUGCUAGUUUGCUAGGACCUGGUGAUGGGGACUGGCAGGGAGCCCCAGCAGCGCUCACAUCUGGCCCUGGCUCAGCCCUGGCAGAGAUCGAGGCACCAGGGGUGAGAGGGGACACAGCCACCCUGCUGCCAGCAACACAUGUGCAGAGUGAUGCAGAUGUCCCAGCCACGGACACUGGUGUGCCCCUGCCCACAGGGGCUGUGGAUCUGGCCGAGAGUUCCCUGCAGCCACCCCCAGGGCUGAGCCCCAUCGGAGAAGAGCAGUCACAGCCUGGUGCUGAUACUCCGGCCCCCACAGACACUUCUGGUUCACCCAGCACUGCUUUCCCACCCCCAGUGGUUGCAGACGGAUCCUUUCCAGCAACUGAUGAUGGUACAGACGCAGUGGUGAGCCCUGACUUCAGUGCUGAUUUAGGAGCAUCUCCAUCCCCGCCCCUAGAGGGGUCACAGCCAUUGGGGACAGCAGCUGAUGGACCUGACACCAGUCUGAACUCAGCUUUGGGUGCCACCAACCCAUCAUCUUCUCUACCUGAUGGUGCAGCAUUGCCUGCUGCAGGACAACAGGCACCAGGGGACGCAGGCAAAGGGGACACAACACAGGCAGAAGAUGCAGGGGAUGGCAGUGCCUACAGGCCCCAGAGUGAUGUGAUCUUCGUAGACAGCAGCAGCCAGCAGGGCCGCCUAUCUGAUGCACACCAGGAGCUUGGGCUUCACACCGAGAUGUCCCCUGUUCCAGCUCCUGGGGAAGGAGCCCUGGCACCAGCACUGUCCCCAGAUGGUCCAGCAGCUCCCAGCCACGACCUCUCUGGAGCUGGAGGAUCAGGACCCCUGCCUGCUGAGGCCCAUCGGUGCCCCCGGUGCUGCUCUCGCCACCUCCAGCUGCUGUGGGAAUGGUGCGUGGGAUUGAGGCCAAACAAUGGUAUGCAGAGACAGCAGUGAGCCCUGACCUCGGUGCUGCCCCAGAAGCACCUGUACCCCCAUCCCUUGGGGGACCACAGCCAUGGGACACAGCAGCUGGUGCUCCUGAGGACACAGCUCUAAAUGGGGCCCAGGGACCAGACAGUGGCAUCAAUUCAGUGUUGGAUGCCCCCAGCUCAGCAUAUGAACCCGUGGGGCCACCAUCACCUGACAUUGCGGAGCAGCCUGGCACAGGUCUGACAGGGCUGGGAGGAGUGAGCAGUGGGGCUGCAUUUGAUCCAUCUCUGAGCUCCUCUCCAGGAGCUGGGCUGGCAUCUGGAACAGGUCUGCUGCCUGGUGCUAAUUCCCCAUCCAACUCUGCCUCCCAAAGUGACGUUCUUACAGUUCCCUCUAUUUCAGACAGUGAUGGAGCAGCUGCACCCAUCCCAGCAGCAGGUCCUGGCUCUGCCAUCCCAUCCCAGGGCUCUCUGUAUGGUGAAGGUGGCCCAGAGCUCACUGUGGCACAAGGGACCAACAGUGCAGGCGGUGUGGCACAGGCAGGAAUCCCAGAGAGUCAAAGUCCCUAUGCAGACACAAGCCCUGCAGUGA